AACUAGGGAGGAGGAGGAUAUACGCCUAUAUAAAGAGCACUCAACUCCUCUGUUUCUUUCAUCUCUCUCUCUCUCACUCACACUGAAAAUACUCACUUAUCCACAUUUGCAUUUGCAUUUGCCGAGAAAUAAGAAAAGAAAAAAGAAUGGGUAAUGAUGAUUACCUGUGGGCAGUUUGUAUAGGUAUGUUAAUAAUGGUGGCGAAUGGAGCUCCUCUAAGGAAGCCAGUUGACGUGGCAUUUGGUAGGAACUACAUGCCUACUUGGGCCUUUGAUCAUAUCAAGUACUUCAAUGGCGGCUCUCAGAUCCAGCUCUCUCUUGACAAAUCCACUGGUAGUGGAUUCCAGUCAAAGGGUUCAUACCUAUUUGGGCAUUUCAGUAUGCACAUUAAGAUGGUUGCUGGAGAUUCUGCUGGCACUGUUACUGCUUUCUAUCUGUCUUCGCAAAACUCAGAGCACGAUGAAAUAGACUUCGAGUUCUUGGGGAACAGAAGUGGGCAGCCAUACAUAUUGCAGACCAAUGUAUACACUGGUGGCAAAGGAGACAAAGAGCAGAGGAUUUAUCUUUGGUUCGACCCAACUCAAGAUUUCCACACCUACUCUGUCUUGUGGAAUCUCUACCAGAUUGUAUUCUUGGUUGACGAUGUUCCGAUCAGGGUGUUCAAAAACAGCAAGGAUUUGGGAGUGAAGUUUCCGUUCAACCAGCCGAUGAAAAUAUACUCGAGUUUGUGGAAUGCGGAUGAUUGGGCGACAAGAGGCGGGCUCGAGAAGACCGAUUGGUCAAAGGCGCCAUUCACAGCAUCGUACAAAGGGUUCCAUAUCGACGGUUGUGAGGCGUCCGUUGAGGCCAAGUUCUGCAACACUCAGGGUAGGCGUUGGUGGGAUCAAAAGGAAUUUCAAGACCUUGAUGCAUCCCAAUGGAGUCGUCUCCGUUGGGUUCGUAGUAAGUACACCAUUUACAACUACUGCGCCGAUCGGGUCAGGUACCCCGUUGUUCCCGCAGAGUGCAAGAGGGACAGAGACAUAUGAUCUCAAUUAUUAUUAUUAUUAUCAUGUGCUUAAUUUGGAAUUGUUGCAUCAUAUAUAUUAUUAAGAGGCCUAUCUAUUAUAUAAUCAUUGA